AUGGAGACCAAACUAAAAGUUGCAAUCCUCGUUGUCUCAGACACUGCCUCGAAAGACCCCGCUUCUGACAAGGUUGUCGAUGCACUUACGCCUAUCUUGGCCGCAGAGGGGAAGUGGGAACCCCCCGCAUUCAGGAUCGUCCCGGACAGCGUGUUGGAGAUCCAGCAAUCCAUAUACGACUGGGCCGAUAGCCCUAAUUGGUACAACCUCAUCCUCCUUAGUGGAGGAACAGGAUUUGCUAUCAAGGACAAUACCCCUGAAGCCGUGUCCCCCCUAAUCCAACGCCAUGCGCCGGGACUAGUACACGGCAUGAUUGCUGCCUCCUUGAAAGUAACCCCCUUUGCUAUGAUGGCCAGACCAGUUGCUGGUGUCCGUAAUAAGACUUUGAUUAUUACCUUGCCCGGUUCACCUAAAGGAGCCAUGGAGAACCUCGACGCUGUUGUUAAACUUCUUCCGCAUGCUUGUCUGCAGUCUGCUGGGGCCAAUUCACGGGACCUCCAUUCUAGAGGUGUGAAGAAGCUAGAAUCAGAGGCUGGUGUUGGUGAUCAUCAACAUCAUCACCACCACCAUAAUCACCACCAUCAUGGCCAUGACCAUGGACAUGGACAUAAGGUUCCAAAAGCGCAUACGUCGCCGUCAGAGAGACCACAGUCCAACGACCCUAGCGCGGGCCCUAACCGGCGCUAUCGCUCCUCACCCUACCCAAUGCUGUCUGUAGAUGAAGCUCUUCGGCGGAUCAAUGAGCAAACUCCCGAGCCAGAAGUUGUUGAGGUCCCAGUUACCACAUCCUUGGUUGGAUCGGUGAUCGCCGAAGACAUCUACGCCGCAGAGGCCGUGCCAGCGUAUCGAGCUAGUAUCGUGGAUGGCUACGCUGUCAUUGCACCAGACUCUAGCACCGCCGGCCAGUCCACGAAGGGUAUAUUCCCUGUAGCAUCCAUUACCCAUGCCAAUGUCGGCGGGAAUCUAGAGCCAUUGCAACCGGGGACCAUAGCUAGAAUUACCACUGGCGCCCCUCUCCCCCCAAAUGCGAAUGCCGUAGUCAUGGUUGAGGAUACGACCUUGGACUCGUGCACACCUGACGGCAAGGAAGAAGCGACAGUCGAAAUCCUCGCCGAUGAUAUUGAGCCCGGCGAGAAUGUGCGCGAGCCUGGCAGCGAUGUCACACUAGGCUCCAAAAUCGUCGCCCGCGGGGACCUAAUAUCUCCCGUCGGCGGAGAGAUUGGCUUACUGGCAUCAACCGGCACCAAGACUGUCAAAGUCUUCCGGAAACCACGCGUAGGCGUUUUGAGCACCGGCGACGAGCUCGUCGAGCACAAUGACCCGCGAACUCUAACAGGCGGCCAAAUCCGCGACUCCAACCGCCCAUCUCUUAUCUCAUGCCUGAACUCAUGGGGUUUCGAAACCGUCGACCUCGGCAUCGCUCGCGACACACCUGCUAGUGAGCUCGAGCAUGCCCUCCGCGACUCUCUCCGCGGCGUAGGCCGAGCCUCCACCAGCGUCGACGUGAUAAUCACAACCGGCGGCGUCUCAAUGGGCGAGCUCGACCUCCUCAAGCCGACAAUCGAACGCUCACUCGGCGGCACCAUUCACUUCGGCCGCGUUGCCAUGAAGCCGGGAAAACCAACCACCUUUGCAACUGUCCCUUUCAAACCAACCGGCGAUGCCACAUCCUCCCAGCAGGAGCGCCAAUCAAAACUCAUCUUCUCGCUCCCCGGAAACCCGGCCUCCGCCCUCGUCACUCUCAAUCUGUUUGUUCUUCCCUCACUGCACAAGCUCACCGGCCUGGGCCACAGCUCCCAGGCACUUAGCUCCAGGCCUUGGCUCGCGCCGCAGCUUGGUCUCCCGCGCGUCGCUGUCGUCCUCACACAUCACUUCCCGCUUGAUCCCAAGCGCACGGAGUACCAUCGUGCUGUGGUGACAGCGUCACGCUCGGAUGGUCGGUUGUACGCGACGAGCACGGGGGUUGAGGGUGCCGGACAGCGGUCUUCGAAAGUCGGCAGUUUGGCUAAAGCAAAUGCUCUGGUGGUGUUGCGGGCUGGACGGGGAGUUGGUAUCAAGGGUGAGAUUGUGGAGGCUUUGUUGAUGGGGGAUGUUCAUGGCUCGGACACUCGGGUCAUUUGCUAG